AUGUACAACAAUCUAGUGACCAAUGUUCUUUGUAUCUUGGAUUCUAUUAAAUCUCAAAAUAUAAUAGAACAUGUACAACAAUCUAGUGACCAGUCUGUACAGGAUGUAAAUGAUAAAAAUGAUUUUGAACCAAUUAAAUUAACAAAUGAAACCAAUAAUGAUUUAAAAAAUGAGAAUAAUUUUGAUGUUAAUGAAAUAGAAUCAAAUAAUUUAAGAAAUGAACAAAAUGAGUUAUCUGAAAAACAGUCUAUUCAGAAGAAUACAAAUGAAUCUAUAGAAUAUAAUAUUUCAAAAGAUAUACAUGAUAAAUUUUAUCGUUUCAUAUCAUUGAACUGUGAUUCUAAUGUCUCAACAGAUUUAUUAUAUGAACUAGUGGAAAAUUCAAACAGAACUUCUAAAAACAAAAUUAAGUGUGAAAAUUCAUUAGAUAUGGAAACAGAACUUCUUGAAGAUAACUUUAAUAAUUUAGUUGAAGAGAAACCUAAAUUUCAUUUACUUAAAGAUUCAAGUUAUGAUAAAAAUAUUUCUUCUCAAUCUGAACCAGAGUAUAAAUAUGAAAAUGUAAAUGGAAAUAUAGUUAAAAAAGAAGAAAUUCAUGAAAAUAUUACUAAAGAAACAGCCAAGUAUGAAGAAGCUAUUCCAUACAGAACUGAAUAUUCAUUUAUUAUUAAUAUGAGAGAAAUAGGUAUACAAGUUUGCAGUCUUCAAAUGAAUGAAAUUGGAACUCAAAUAGAAGAAUCUGAUAGAGAAUAUUUUUAUAGAAAAGAAACAAAUCAAAGUAAUAAAAUUGACAUUGGAAUUCAGACUGAUUCAAUUGAAGAAAGUAUUCCAGAAAAAUUACAAGAAUUAGAAUUGACUGUGGCUGAAAUGAAGGAUGUUAAAAAACAACAUAUGAAUGUGGCAUGUGAUAUGGCUGAUAAAUUAAAUUUAAUAUCAUUAAGAGAAAGUGAACUUAAAGCCAAAUUAAAAGAAACAGAAGAAGAGAAAGUAAGAGAAUUGGAGUUAAUAAAAUCAGAAUGGAACGAAUUAGAAAACAAAUAUAAAGAAGAAAUUCUUGCGUGGCAAAAAAAUGCCGAAAAGCAAAGUUAUGUCAUACAUCAACUUCAGAUCCAUUUUGAACAAGCACAGCAUUUAAUUUAUGAAAAAGAUGUAGAAAUAACUGAAAUGCAAAGAAUAAUUUCAGGCAAGUUUUCUAUUAAAUUAUUAGUAUUAUAG